AAUUCCUGUGUGAAAAGGAACGAUAUUACGUAAAGAGAAUCACAUUUUUCCUCCGUUGAAAACCUCGCGAGAAUUCAUGGCUCAAAUAAUGUUGGAACGUAAUAAUACGCGAUUCGCAAUGUACUGGUACGUUUAUGGUUGUUUGUACAUACCCAAUAAUCAACCGGUACGAUAACGAGCUAUUCGCCGGUGAGGUAAGUAAUCGAGUUGGAGUUAGGAUAAGCGUGUUCUAUUCUUUCUUUUGUAUGCAAUUUCGUGUCACGUAUUUGUAUGCCCGUACACGAUUCAGUCAUUAAUUUUAAAAGUGUACUUACGUAUACGUUUUCGAGAAAUUUUUUUGAGAAGAAAAAAAAAAAAAAAAAAAGGAAAAAAUGAACCGUGCUAGAUGUAAUUUUAUUAAUAGGUUGUAAAUUUAUUUUUUUUUGUUAAGUGUAUAUAUAUAUAUAUACAUACCUUGUAUGGUGAGAUUUUUUUUUCAUACGUGCCUCGUGAUCAGAUGGAUCAGUUUUGAAUUGGUUUGAGAAAAAUUGAUCAAUAGUAGAAGAAACAUUUCCCUUACUUUUUUUUUUUCAUUUUUAAUCCAGUGAUCGUUGAAUCACGAGACACGACUCGAGGUAUAGCUCUUGUUAUGUAGAAGAGAUAUAUAUAUAUAUAUUUUUUAAUUUACUUGAAUGAGAUCAUUCCUGAAUCAUUGAAAUCAAACAGAUGAUGUAACCUAUACGCUAUCGAUCAAAAGUUUAAAAAUCGUCGACAAUUCAGUUCAACGUGUUGUUGAAAAAUUUAUUUCAAAGAAGAUGAAUUGUCAUUCGCGGAAUCGAUAAUGAACGAUAACAAAUUAAAAUUCUUAUAAUUACAAAAAAAGAACCUACUUUUGACCAAUAGAGUAUAGGCUCUAUAUAUAUAUAUAUACAUACAUAUACUAUAUAUUCGUUCUAUCAUUCGUUCAUAUUAUUUUAGCCAUGAUGAUGGUCGAGCCAUACGAAAUUCUCCGAAAACUGUUUCGAUACUUCACGAGAAAGAGAAAGAGAGAGAGAGUGAGAGAGAGAGAGAGAGCGAGCGAGCGAACGAACGAGAGAGAGAGAGAGAGAGGGAGAGAGAAGAAAAAGAAGAAAAGUUCGUCCCUCGUGAUCGAACCUUAUAUGAUUUUAAUUGUAUUUGUACGAUACCGAUUAUGGUCGUAAGGUAGACAUAAUUAUACGCUAUUUGUAAAUAAAGACACAAGAUUUAUCCUGUAUCGAAGUGCAAUAAUAAAAACAUGUUUAAUUAGUGCCAAAGUAA